AUGUCGUCCCUCGGCGUCGCAAUGCCCACUGCGGCACGCGGAAUUCUCUCAUCAUGCCGCCCAUCACUUCGGGAAACUUCAAUGACACCCGCUCUCUCAAUCUUUCAGCAGGUCCGAGGUAUGGGAAGCAACCCGCAGAAGAGCAAGAGCAAGGGGAAGGGAAAGGGCAAGCAUGCCGCGCCGCCCAAGACUUCUCGCCGAGGACCUCUCGAAUUCAGACAAAAGAACUUGAAGGAUAUGGAGCAGUAUACUUUGUGUGAUGCCAUGCGCUAUCUCCGCGCCAUGGAGGUCGGUUGCAAUCCAACCGUCAUCAAAUACGAGGCACACAUUCGCCUGCGCACAAGGAAAGAUGGCCCCGUCAUCCGAAACAUGAUCCGAUUCCCUCACGCCGUUCAAACCGAAUCCCGAAUUUGCCACGCGAAGGAUGCGCUCGCCGCCGGUGCCAUCCUGGUUGGUGAAACCGAAGUUUUUGAGGCUGUGAAGGCUGGUCGAAUCGAGUUCGACCGCUGCCUGGCUCACCCGGACAGUGUGCCGGCUCUCAACAAGGCUGGCCUGGGUCGAAUCCUCGGUCCUCGCGGCCUCAUGCCCAGCGCAAAGGCCGGUACUGUCGUUGAGGAUGUUGCUUCCCGUGUUGAGGAUCUUCGCGGUGGUACCGUCUACCGCGAGCGUGAUGCUGUCAUCCGUCUUCCAAUCGGCCAACUGGGAUUCUCUCCGGAGCAAUUGCGCGACAACUUGCGGACAACGAUUGACCAGAUCAAGAAGGAUGCUUCUGGUCUCAACGACCGGAUUAGCAAGGAGAUUUACGAAAUUGUUCUGAGCUCCUCCCACGGCACCGGCUUCAGUCUUAACGGAGAGUUCAAGACUGACGACUCCCCCGAAACCUCUGCCUUGACCGGCGUGUAA